CUCAACAAACUUGUAUGUUUUACUGCUGUCCUGGCAAACGUCAUAUUUAAUAAACAAUUUACAAGUGAAUAUAGCUAGAUAUUCUAUUUUUCCGAUAAAGAUAUGAGUUUGGAUACUCUGUUUCAAGAAAUUCUACUAACUGAACAGCAAAUAUUGGAGAAAACGCGAUUAUCUCAAGAGGUCAAGGCUGCUAUUGCAAGAUGUCAAGACAGGGUCAAGUCAUUGACAGAAAAAUCAGAAUGUCUCUCCAAGGAACUUGAUGAAAAGGCUCAGCAUCUAUCAGAGACAAAGCUGCAGUAUGACCUAAUGAAAAAGCGUCAAGUACAAAUUGAAAAGCAGGCAGGGGAGCUUUUGAGACAGCAGAGGGAUCUCAGGAAACACUUGGAGAAAAUAAAGAAGUCGUCGAAGGAGGAACAGGAGAAAUUCAUGAAAGAGACAAUGACUUUCAACAGCGACUUUGGCCUUUUGAAUAACAGGGAGACUGUGUUCGAGAGCCAAACCCAAUCUGAGAUACAGAACUUGGAGGAGGAGGUUAACUCUUUAAACAAAGAGAUGGAGUCCAUGGGCCGGAAGAAUACUCGGAUGAACUCUAUGCAAGAAGAAAAGAGAGGUCUCCAUUUGGAGCUACAAGGACUGGAACAUAUUAUGAGAGACCUGGAGAGCCAGCUGAAUGAGGCUAAAUCAAUGACCGAAUCCUUAAGUGCAGAGAGUCUGAUGGUCACCCAGAAGCCCCUCACAGACAGCACUUGCUUAAGACUCAAAAAGGAGCUGGAGAUGCACAAAGAAGAAGAGCUGGAGCUGCUGAGAGAAGCCCUUAGCUCUGAAAUCCUGUUCCUGCAAUCGAAACUGUCUCAGAAGACUCCACAAUACUCAAGGAAUUUCACAUAGUGUCCAAACGUGUUUCUGGCAGAGGACAUUUCCAGAGCCUGAGUUGUAACCACUGUUGGUGUAUUAAACGACUGACUGGACUUUGGGGAGGGUACAGAGUUGAUGUAGCAGCUGCCCAAUUUUCCAGUCAUGGGCCAGGCUGUGGAUUUCACUGAUUCUGCAUUUGUUCUGAAAACCAGUAAGCUAUUUUCUUUUAGUCAGAAUUUCUUCAUUUUUGUUAAUACUGGAACAAUUUCUCACAGAGAUGACAUUACGUUGGUUUUGCAUGAUGUUUUUGGCAGCAUUAUAUUAACUGUACAUGAGUUGUAUUCACUUUAUACAUGUUAGAGUGAAUUCCUUAACUGAGCUGAUG